UCCGAAUAGUUCCUAACUUACAAUCUAUGGCAUAUAUAAAACCAAAAAAAUACGGAAGUUUUCGGUAUAAAAUGUGUUAAAUAGUAGUUUAUACACGACAAAGCCUAAAAAAUGUCCAACAGAGUAAUGCGCAAGUUGCUCAAAGAGCAGGAAAAAGAUCUCGCCGAAAAUGAAAAUGUUUCAGACAUUGAAAUUGACGCCCCAGUCGGGGGUGCUCGAAAAAAACAGCUCAAUAUAAACCGCUAUGAAUUGUUAGGUCAACAAUCACACUCAGAAAGUGAGGUAAAAGAAGACGACAAUGAAACUGAAGCAGCUAAGUCUUGUGAAGGGGAUAAUGUACAUGAAUUGGUCAAAAAGAAGAGGAAAAAGAGAAAAAAGAAGUCAGGGAAACAUUCAACACAUAGAAGCAGUGAAGACAAUGCAGAUAUUGAUGAAGUGGAAAGGUCUAUUAAAGAGGUGAAUAGGCUUUUAGGAGAGUGCCCAAAAAUUGCUUCUAUGGAUAACCAGAUGGUGCAAGAUAGACCUCCUGAUACAAAGACAGUUUUAACUGUACAGCACAAGCAUUUAAACCCAAACAAUGAACUUAAGAGGAUAUUUGGCUCAAAAGUUGUCCAAGCUGAGCACAAAAGAAAAAACCGAGGUGGAUCAAGGACUCAAUUAAAAAGAACUUGGAUGGUGGCAUGCAGAGACAAUUGGCCCCAAGUAAGCAAAUCUGGACUUUCCAUGUCACUUUUGGAAACAAAAGAUGGUGUUCAAUAUUUCACUUAUGAACAUAGUCAGAAUUAUAGGCAAACUGAAAACAGAUUUUUACAGGCAGUAGAAAGCCUAAAUCCAGAAAAUAUAACAGCAAUUAUAAACGAGAGACCUUAUCAUGUAAAUGCCCUCAUUCAACUCUCAGACAUUUUCAAACUUAGUGAUGACUUGGCUGGUGCCGCUGAGCUUAUUGAGAGAGCACUAUAUUUCUUGGAGUUUUCAUUUCAUCCACUUUUUAAUGUGGCACAGGGAAACUGUAGGCUGGAUUAUAGACGGCAGGAAAAUAGAGCGUUAUUUAUAACAAUUUUUAAACACUUAAACUUCCUUGGAGGUAGGGGCUGUUGUCGCACUGCUCUUGAGUUUUGCAAAGUUUUGCUAAAUCUUGAUCCUAAAUCCGAUCCUCUUGGUAUAAAAUUAAUCAUGGAUUUUUAUGCAUUGAGAGCAAAGGAGUAUGAGUGGCUGAUUGGUUUUGUUGAAGAUUUGGACAGGAGAUACAAUUUGCUUCAGUUGCCUAAUUUCGCUUUUAGCACAGCCCUGGCAUACUUUUAUGUAAAUGAUAUUGAGAGAGCUGAUUAUUAUUUACAGGAAGCGUUACUUAUGUUUCCCUCAUUAUUGAUGGAACUACUAGAUAAAUGCUCUAUUAGAAUUGAUAGUAGAGUAUCUUCGCAUAGCUUCUUUACUGAACCAACUGAGAAAAAUCCUACAGCUUUAAAUCAACUAGUAAAGCUAUACGUGAACCGAACUUUUCAUGUCUGGAAGGAUGCAGAUAUCUUACCGUGGUUAGAACGAAAUGUGCAUGAUGUAUUAGAUAGAGUGGACAAAAAAGAACCAAUUGUUGAGGCAUACAAAGAAAAAAGAUUAAGAAGAUAUGCCGGAGCUCUACCUAUUAGUAUAGUAAGACACAUUGUCUUGUCUGAUAAUCCAGGAGUAUCGAUACAUUUUUUGCAGAAUACGCCCGGACCAAUAAUGGGUUUUGAUCCCCUUCCACCAAACGACUCUAUCAAUUUAUAUACGCGGCCUCGAAGAAUAACUGUUACCGGUGAUAGAUCAAAUGCGUUGGCAACAUUUUUGGGUUCUCUUCUCCCUAUGGUUAAUCCGCAACAGGUUUUGCCUGAUAGACAACCGAGAGAAGUAGCAGAGGAUGAAGCUCAAGUCGGCGAGCAGCAACCAGACGAGUUCCGACGCAGUAUCGCGUCACUCGUUGACGCGAUGCGCGACCUCCUAAACAAUAUUCGACCGGAACUGCAGCAGAAUGACGCGGACGAUGACGCCGACUUUGAUACCGCCGAUGAGACUUAGACCAUUGACAUCUGUCAAAGUUGUCAGUUGUCGAGUGUGAGUCUAUUCUGGCGAACCAAUAUUAUGGGAAACGGGAUGUGAUGUGUACAGUUCUCUCACAAGAUGUACUCACAAUUAAAAUUUAUUAUCUGAAAAUCUGGAGAGAUGGGGGUUUUUUUGAGGGUUAUAGUACAAUGUUUCUGAAGGGCCACUGCAUCUUUCAGUGUCAGCUGCCAGAUGAAAAGCGGAAAUUUCUAGAUAUUACUAAAAACUAGGGUGCGCGACUUUUUCUUAUAUUAACUCUUUGAUUCAUGGUAUUUUUUUAAACUGUUAUUGUUGGAAAAUUAUUAUAACUUAUGCCAAAGCUGUGUAAAGAGAUAUGUGUAUCAAUACAAAAAAGAUAAGCAAGUAGUCUAUAUCUAUAACAGAAUGAUCAUAAAAUAUUAAGCAUCAAAAAUACAUAAAACUAAUAUGGCAUUAAUGACAUGUUGCAAAAAGUCACUAAUUCGACAGCUAAAAACAAUGCAGCAACAUUAUUAAACAAUAAAAUAAAAUACAUUCCUACUACUGACUACAGAUUAAGGAAAAAAAUUAGUAGCAACAUUUUUACUUUGAUAGAUAAUAGUAUUUUAAAUAAGAACAAAGGAUGCUAUUAAGCUGACACUAACUGCGGUUCAAAAAACAUGUAUAACAUAGAUAUCUCUUAGACCAUUAUAAACAUAUAUCUUGCUGCCCUUUUCUAAGGAUAAGGUCUCUGAAACAGGUAGUGGAAACAAGUCACUUUUCUUUAACUAGAAUAAGGUAUGAAAUAUCCUGAAAUGGGAACCUAAACCAUAUCAAUAAUGUAAUUAGGGAAAAAUGAAGGAUCCAACACCGAUACUUGCAGAACCUUACAUUUGAUUUCCAAUUUUUGAGAAUAGAUAUUAUCAACAAAUUAGAUCCUUUCUUCACAUAGGAAUACGGAAAAAAAUAAGUCGAAGCAGAACGUCUAACUCCAUAAGCCUCUAAUAGCACUGGAUAGACACCAUCAUUGGAAAAAUCACAAAAAACUGAUGAGGCAACAUCAUCUCUAUUUAUCCAGUCCGGAAAUCAGGUUGUGCCUAUUAAUUGACCAACUAUUUUCUAUUAAAUAGGGAUUAUUGAAAUUGGUUUAACCAUAAUCAAAUUGGUAAUUGUACAUUGUAAAGGGACACCCCUUUAUGCGAAGGAAAAAUAGUAGUAAAUUUUAGAUAUGAGGGAAAACAGUUCGAGUCAAACGACAAAUUAAUAAAAUUGUCACUAACCUGCAGAGAGUUAGUAAAUGUGACAUGACUUCGGUGGAAAUUUCAUCAACACCGGACGCGUUCUUAUUGCAUUGCAAGAAUUCUUUCAUGUAAGGCAUUUUUCGUUUUAAUGUCUAAAUGUAUACAUUGAGGAGUCUUGUAGUUCCUUUUUACCAUAGCAAUAUCAAGCAAUAACAUUCGUGUGGCUUAUUACUGCGCAGUUAAAUAUUCUGUGGGAAAUCUGUUAUACGUAGACCAUACCAAAGUUUACUGAAUAAAAUACAAGUUGCUUCACUCGGCGAAAAACCUUUUAUCUUUCGAUCUUAAAGGCAGGCCGCCGAGCUCCUCGCCGACGGGGAACUAGCAAAAAAUGUAAAGGGGAAUUGUGGUAAAAAAUAGCUAUUAUUUUACGAGUUUCGUCUAAUUCGAACUGUAGGGGAAGACGGAGCACGAUUUUAUAAUAACUUUAUUAUCGGGCAUAAAAUUAUUAUUUAAUGUACCUACUUGGGAAAAAUAUGUAAAUUGAUAAUACUAUAAAUUAUUUGUUUUUCAUAGCCACCAAACUAAAUAAAUUUAACAUUAUCAAAGUUUACGUAAUUUAAGAACUAAAUGGUUAAAUUUUUUUUGUUAAUAAUUAGGUACUUAGGUAUUUUAUUAAAGGUUGUUUUGGUACGACUGGUUGUAUUAGGAUUUAUUUUUAAAUCAAAGUCAAAAGUUUGUGUGAAAAAAUGCAUAUAUUACUGUUACUAAACGUAACAACUAAAGAUAGACAUAACUACUAAGUAAUGACAUGUUUGAAUUUUAAAUGAUUGAUUACUACACUUUUUGACUGUUGUUUUUGUUAUUUUGUCAGACUAAUAAUAGCAUUACCAAAGACAUAAGUAAUAAACGUAAUGUUUCAUUCAUAACCAGCCCACAAAUGUGGAAUUUUAUUGUUUUAAAAUUAGUAGUGAGAGAGAAAAGGAUGGAGAAAGUGUUGUUAGUACCCCUUGGCAACAAUGCAUAUUUUCAAUUAAUUUUUGUUUGGUUUGUUGCCAGUGGGGUAGAGUUUAUGCACUAGUGCAAAUAAUAUUAUAAUAAUCGACAAAUUUGUAAUUUUCAUUUUCCCUCCCUUACAAAUCGGGUUAGGAUUAUGUACAAAUAAUUUUUUAUAUCUGUACGUAUUGUUUUCGUCGCUCUUGUGCAAUUUUAAAUAGAGGCGAAAAAAUGUCAUUACAUAAUUAAUUAACCUUAAUAUUUUUCAUGUGACGACGCUGGUGGUAAAAAUACAAAAGUCUUUUGCUGUUUAAACGUAAACAAAUAAACUUACCGAUGAAACUUUAAAUUUGGAUUUUAAUGCUCUAUUCUCUUUACUACACAAGAAUCGUGCACCAUGAUCGUUUAUUUUGGCAUUAGUUUUCUCCAAAAAAGUACGAAAACAACAAAAAACUGAUAAAACACACUCCAAACACAAAAUACGCCCCUAGACUCAAUAAUUUAAAGCGUUUAUUUGUUUUAAUUCCUUGGCAACAUCGCUCGGGAUUCAUUCAUUUAUAAUUUUUGGCAGAACUUGAAAAAUAGUAAAACGUGCGUAAUACUGUAGCGCAACGUUGCCGAAGUGACGAAAUUUUUUAAUGCUCCAAGAUAUUUUUGUUUUGACUGCUGCUUUUAUUAAUAUUUUUGCUUUUAAAGUCGAUUUUUCUACGAAUUUUAUUAAUUUUCGAUUAGUUUUUUUUCAUUAUGAGCUCAGUUAUGUUUCCGACUCAAAUAACCUUUAAAAGGUAUUACAUGUUUUAAUACUUAAAAAGCGGAUAAAUAGCUCUGGCAAAAGUGCAAUAUUGUAAAAGAGGGACAAAAAAAAUGAGAGGAAAAUAUAUUUUGCCAUUUUAAAAUGUAAACAAUGUAGUCUCUUAAGCUGGAUUUAUACAGACAAAUAAAGUAAAAUAAGAAAUAAAAUAAGAGUUAAAUGUACAAAAGUUGCAUAACGCAUUUAUAUAGCAAAAUAAUAUAAGAAUAAAAUAAGAAGUUGACCAAAAUCCAACUUUCAUAUUUUAUUUUAUGUGAAAACGAAACUGCGCACGUUAUUUUGGUCACAACUUACCCUCUCAAGACAGAGAGGUACUAUAACCUGGCAUGUAAUUGGUUACCCUUAUUUCUUAUUUGUUAUUUUAUUAUAUAUAUAAAUAUAUUUUAUAUAUAUAUUUUCAUUUUUCGGACAUCUAAAAAACAUUAAACCACUUCCACGCUUUGUAAAACAACUGUCUACCGAACAAUAAGUCGACAAUUUUAAUAUAAUAGAUUAUAAUAAUUUGCCAGUCCACUGAGUCCACCCGGUGCAACUAGUAAUAAAACGCUCGCACAUCAAAAGGAUUUAAACUCUACUCACUGUGUAACCCAAUAGAUUUGAUUGUAGGAGCGUCGCCCGGCAAAUGAAGUGAGGGGUGGUGAAUAGGUAAUUCGUCGCGUGGAGCCGAGUGAAGCAACUUGUAUUUUAUUCAGUAAACUUUGACCAUACUAUUUCAAUUUUUCAAUAUAAUGAAAGGUUUUGGUGGCUAUUUGAUUCUAAAACAAGUUACAAAAUUGAGUAAAAUUGUAAAUUAACAAAA